GCCUGGAUUGCAGCGGGGUCCAGUCUGCUGCUGCUGGAGGAGCAAACCUGGCAACCUGGCGGCUCGAACGGAGACCGAUUGGCAAUCUGGCAAUGCGGAAAUAGAUCUGGCGCCCCCUCCACCCUCCCUCCCGAUCCCGGACUGAGGAGAGAGGCGUGACAGAGCCAAGCAGAGAGGAGAGGGGAUUGCACUGACAAAGAUAAAAUAAUCAACACUUUUCUUUUCCUCUUUUUGUUUUUUUUUUUUGAAAUUGAAAGUGCUCAGGUGCGCACGUCUGCAGCUGGGCUCCUCCGGCGGUGGUUUUUUAUUUGUCAAGUCUAAGAAGAAGAGGAGAGAGGAAAAGAAGAAGAAGAAGUGCGUAUUUAUUCUCGUUUGGAUUCCGGACUUCUUUCUUUACUGACUUCUUUUUUUUCUUGCAUCAAGCAUGGAUGUGUUGGCGAAUUACAGUAUUUUCCAGGAACUCCAACUCGUUCAUGACACUGGUUAUUUCUCCGCGAUGCCUUCCCUGGAGGAGAACUGGCAGCAGACGUGUCUAGAGUUGGAGCGGUACCUACAGACGGAGCCCAAGCGACUCUCGGAGCUCUUCGACGAGGAGCUCGACUGCCUCUUAACGCCGGCCUUCAUGCAGGGUGGUGACAGCGACGAGGACCUGAUGGACCCCCUCCUGCCCAGCCUCCCCGACCAGCCCAGCCCGCCUCCUCUGUUGGUAACCCUCCCCAAGGUCCAGGCCAAAAUCCUCCAGGUUCCCAACCCCAACAAGAGCCAAGCAGUAGCCGGGACCGAAACCCUCACGGCCAAGGACCAGGUCCUCGGUGGAGUCAAUGCCGCUCAGCUUAGCGCCGCCGUCACGUCCCUAACACCGCCGUCAUCACCGGAGCUCGGCCGGCACCUUAUCAAACCCACACAAACACUCACGGCGACAGCAGACGGCACAUUAACGCUUAAACUGGUGGCCAAGAAGGUGGGAUUAGGGGCGGCUAAGCUGGUGGCAGCGCGAGCGUUACCGUCCCCGCCGAGCCGAGGAGGAGCCCUCAGCGACAGCGAGCAGGGAGGAGGAGGAAGUCUGGCAGGAGACGUACCAGAGAACAAGAAGAGAGUCCACCGGUGCCAGUUCAACGGCUGCAGGAAGGUUUACACCAAGAGCUCCCAUCUGAAGGCACAUCAGAGGACCCACACAGGUGAGAAGCCCUAUAAGUGCUCAUGGGAGGGCUGUGAAUGGCGUUUCGCCCGCAGUGACGAGUUGACGCGACACUACCGCAAACACACCGGAGCGAAGCCAUUCAAGUGCAACCACUGCGACAGGUGUUUCUCCCGGUCGGACCACCUGGCCCUGCACAUGAAGAGGCACAUCUGAGGGCAAAGAGGGGAGGAGUGGGAGAGGAGGAGGAAGAUGAGGAAGAGGAGGAGAGAUAGGAGGAGAGAGGGAUGGGCAGUCGAGCUACCAACCGCCCGCCUCGUUCACCGCCGUCCAAAAACCAUCUGGCUGGGACGGGCCACCGGAGACGGGGAUAGGAGGGAAAAUGAGGAGUAGCUAGAUUGUUGUUUUUCUUUAAAACUUACACACUCACAUGUUGCAAUAGGGAACACUUCACACCACCGUCUUUGAAUGCAUCAUCCCGGUGAACCCCGGCCGCUCUCACGCAGCGGCUCUGGGGGCUUGGACACUGCCAAACCAACAUAUACUUAAGCUCGCUUGAUGAAACAUUACCUUCUUUUCUUUCUCUGUAUUCAGUGUGUUUAAAUUAUCAGACGAGGAAACUUUUAAAUAUCCAUAUAGUCAGCUGUUAGUGUUUUACCGGCUUCUUGAAAUCAAAUACUCAACUUUUUUUUUCCUUUUUUCGUUGUUGAUGUUUCUCAUACACGGAACAUAAGAAACCACCAUCUGCCGCAGUCAGCUCCAGUAAUCUACGUGAAGAAAACAACAAUGCCAAAAUCUGCAGGAGAGAGACUGUACGGAUGGACUCCUAGCAUGGCUGACAAUCGGACCCAGGGCUCGGACGCUGGGUGCCUGGGUGCACCCAUGGGGCCUCGGUCAGCGGGUGCUGCUGCAGCUCUCAGGCUCUCCUCCAGUGGGUGUUUGCAUCUCUCACCUUCACUGAGAUGCCUGCCGCCUCCGCAGGCCAUCUGACAGAAAUGCGCAGCGACACUUUCUUCCCUUUUUUUCUACUUAGAGGACAAUAAUUCUUCUUAUUGUUGUUAUCAAGAAAAAAAAAGAAUGACACUUUGUUCUUUUCUCUCUUGGAGAAAAAAAUGUCUUAAAACUCGCUGAAAUGUGUUUGAGGAAAAAAAAAACUGAAAAAUCUAAGAUGACUUCAACAGAAUGUGUGGGAUGGAAGGAGAGCGUUGUUGGUCUUUGAAUCCCCAUGAGCACCGACUCUUCAUCUGCAGUCUGUAAGCAACCAGUGGAUGAACAAAAAAAAAAAAAACAGAAUCAUACCAACUCUCAGAAAAGGGAUGUGUAUUUUUUUUUCUUUUUUUUGGACUAAAAUAAAAGCAGAAAGCAGAGAGGUCAUUUUUUCGUGCUGCUCUUUCUGCCCUGCUAUUCGCUGCAGCUGGAAAACGAAGGCCAGGAAUGACCUCCUGAGGUCCCUCAGUCAGGCAGAGGACUCGCUAAAAACUGGAAACCUAUUUUUUGGUUUUGGUUUUUUCCCUUUUUUUGUUUCUGAAAGUCAUCCUCGAGCGCUUUCACAGACUCUGAGAUCUCAUCUCUCUGGCAGCGCUGCAAGGCGAGAAACCCCAAGAGCUGCUUUUUGCUUUUUCACGUGGGACUAAAGACGCCAUCCGACCUUCGAGUGGUGAUUCUGAACAGACACGGUCACACGGACCCGUUAAAUUUGCCUGUUUCGUAUCCAUUGACUGCACUGACUUUUUUUCAAUGUUAUCUGUGCUUUUUUUUACUACAGUGAAAAAUAAGGAAAAAAAUGAACACAAAGAAAAAAAAUCAUAAAAGACUUGAAAAAAUGCAACACAAAAACAAUUCUGUCUCACUCUACACACACUCCGUCGACACACACACACACACACACACACACUCUUACACAACGCAGUUCCUUUUGCUCACGGCUCCUCUUCAGAUAAGACUAAUAAGAUUUAGGAAAAAUAAUUAUUAAACUAAUGAACAGAGUUGGAAAACAAAACACUGCAUGGCGGGCUUUAUAGCAAACACACACACACAUAAACACACAGCAGCUCAUGCACACGCACACUCUUCCUGGAAUUAUAUGUUCUGCUCCCAAAUCUUUUUUCACAGUAGGAAUUUAGCAACUGUUGUUUAGUAGAAGAGUAUCUUAGCUCUCGGCUGGAGGUAACAAACUAUUCCAAAUCCUUUGAAGUGAGAAAUCAGCUUGUUCUCAGUUCCAGCAAUCACCCACAUAUCCCCCGCUACAGCCGCUGCCUCUCAUUUAAUCGCUGUUUUUUACUUCAGACACUGCGGUUUCAUUGUUGGUUACAGUUCAGUGUGUUAGUCGAUGUUUCCAUCAGAAAUAAACCCAAUUAAAACAACUGUGGCAGAUCUAGAAAGAAUUAAAAAAACAACAGUAAACAUGUAGAAUGAAUAUGAAACCCGAAGCUUUAUCACAGCUGGUUCCUUAAAAACCUAGAAAAGCAUCUUUCUAAUCACAGAAAACUGACAGAAACAUUCAGUAAUAUAGUGAUACAAUCUGUUUUGGGGGGGAAUCACAAGCUGUUUCUAGUUUUAAUACAACAUGCUGCAGAAAUUCCAGCUCCAGGUUCAAUUUGACAAAGAUUUAUUUUGAAUUUAUCAGAAUCAUCCUGCAUUAAAGAGAUACAUGGAGUAAAACAUACAGCAAGCAAAUGAAUAAAAAAUAAAGGUUAUAUUUCAAACUUAAAGGAAUCUUGUAAAAAGUUCCAGUUAGAUCCCUACUUUGCUAAUAUUUUGAGCGUCAUUUUUUUGCUGACCAUCACAGCAGUGAUGCUCAAAGUGUCGCAAUUUGCAACAGAUAUUUCAAAAAUUAGCUUUGUGCCGUCAAGACGGGAAAAUGGUGGCUCAAAACACCAUAGAUAUUUCAUGACUAACUUCUAAAAUCAGCUUCCAUACUGGUCUUCUAUCUGCUGAGUGUAAACACUGCCUGCAGUUCAACCCAGUUCAUCCAAAAGGUCCUAAGUGUUUUUAUCAUGUGACGGCUCAGUCAGUCGUGGCUUCUUGACUGCACCAAACAGUGCAGAUUUUUUGUUUUUGUUUUUACAGAAUCGUGUUAAUUUUUAAAUAUAUACAAUGUAGAAUGAAGUGAUUUUUGUACAGUUGGAAGAUUUGAGAGGAAACUAAAAGUCACAUGUGAUUAGUUCAAGGACUAAGGGAAAGUUGAACAUUUUGUUGAUUUAAAAAAACAAACAUAGAUUUUUGGUUUGAGAGGUUUAAUCUGAGCUAAAUGACCACAAUAAAAGACUUCAGUAAUGGUAGUGAAGGAAAUGUUUUGGAUCUAACUACUAAAGGCCUGUGGAAUGAUUGGUAUUUGUAAGUCAGCCAGCUAUCUCGUAGGCAACGUCUCUUGACCUAAUGCUUCGAGUUUCAUGGGCAUGGCUUCAAAAACAAAGUAAAAUCAGCUGCAGGGUUUUCAAAUCUGUACUUUGUGUGUGAUGAAAACAAUGACUUCUGUCUGUGUGAAUGUAAUCACUGAAACCUCUGAUAAAAAAAAACAAAACACAAUAGAUGAGAGAAAACUGGGGCAAACACACAUCCUCAACGCCUGCUUCCUUUUCUUGCAGAAAAAAAUAAACUCGCCUUGCAAUCAGGGCGAUCAGCGCCGACACUGACACCGCUGCUCCAUCCGCCCACCACCAUGCAUUUGCCCCGCAGCGCAUGCAAACAGCCCGAUGCUCGCUGCUGCUGCUGCCUGGUGCAGCUGGGUGAGGGUGCAGGUUCCUGAAGCUGGUGGGGGAUUUCACAUCCCAGCGUGCCCCGUCAUCGUGCCAGUUGGCCUUGCCAACCUUCAUUAGGUGAAGCAGUGAAAACGUUCUCCUCCAGGGGGGUUUAUGGUGUAGCUUCGAACAAUCGAUACAAAAAACCUCCAGCACGGAAACUGCCCUUCAGCCAGGGGCAGAGUCUCCCCGGUCAGGAGAUCAGCCUCCAUAUGGGUAUCUAGCGGCAGCUUUCUCUACUCGCUCUCUCUUUCUGCUAAAUACGACAAGGCGACUCACGUUUGAGAUGAAUCCAGUGUUUCACUUUUGAUUUCAUUGUUAGUGGUUUAGAAAAGCUGUCUGGAUGUUUGUUUUCUUCAGCUUGGAUGAUGCAAAGUCACGCCCACAAUGUAGAGGCAUGCAAAGGAUAUAGAAGGAGCCUCCUAUACAGGACGUACAAUCAUAGAAGGAUGGGGAUCGUAGCACUUUGUGAGGGGUUUGAUGGCAUGAAUGUGUAUCUGUGUGUGUGUGUGUGUGUGUGUGUGUGUGUGUGUGUGUGUGUGUGUGUGUGUGUGUGUGUGUGUGUGUGUGUGUGUGUGUGUGUGUGUGUGUGUGUGUGUGUGUGUGUGUGUGAGGCAUACUGUGAGGGAAGCAGCCGUUCAGCUGAGUGGUUUCUAACUGAUUUCUAGCUGCUGAACAGAGUGCAGCAGCGUGGGGGGAAGUUAGCUGAUACAUUAGCUGUUGGAUUUUUUUUUUUUUUUUAAUCUAAACAAUGGCUGAGGGUAUUUAUUAGAGUUUUGUUCUGUCCCUUCCACAUUCAAAGCAUUCAGAAAAGUCACAGAGCUUGAUGAGUCAAAUUAAAGAGAUGCAAACUCAUGCCUUGCAGAGCGCCGACUGCAGCUCGAUCUGUAUCGGAAGUAGAUAAAUCAGACUCUCUGCCAGAUUAGUUGACAUUCAGUUCACAUUUUUUGGAGGACACGUAGGCCGCAUUAUUAAUGUCUGCAAUUUAAAAAUAAUCUAAAUUUAUUGGGGCUGAUUCUGCGCAUUUGAGAAUGGGUGAAAAAACUAUUUUAGAACAAGGUCCUAAGAAAACCUAAUUUCCAGAACAUUGGAUGGAUGCAUGUUGACUUCAGAUUGGAAUUAAAACUGACCUAAAUUGACGUGUUCUUAAAAGCUUUUGGAGGAACACAUUGAACACUAGACUUGCAGAUUUUGAGGCUGCAAAGUGUUUUAAAUGUACAGCUUGAAACAAACACGACUCAUGGCUUCUCUUCCCCUAAAUUAAAAUCCCUCCUGACAUCCGACAGAUCUCAGAGUCACUUUAGAUACAAACUCACAUUUGUUCCCUUCACAUCUCUGAGCCAGUCAGAGCAGGUUUUCUGUCACAGCGUCGCUCCGGGUCUCCUGUCGUCUCUCAGGCUCCUCCAGGCCGGCUAGCUGCCGUCCCACAGCUCUGAUUAGCGUUAGCACUCCUGGCUCCUCUUCUCUGGUUGCAGUUCAGCUAAUGAGAUAGCUCUGGGUCACAGGGAAACUGAGUGGUUUGGAGAAAAAAAACCUACAAAACAACAAAAAAAAAAACACCAACAGGGACCUUGAGCCGGACCGAUCCGCACCCAGUGGACAGAUUUGAUGUAGAACAAACAGAAAAUCCAGAAAUACCAGGAGACUGUGAGAUAUUUGUCAAAGAGACUAAACUUUGAUGGAAAAAAGGAUUAAAAAAUCAUUUAUUCUCAUGAAUAUCCAAAUCAUUAAAUCAGCCAUUGCAUGUUAUCUCAUGGAUUACAGAUAAAAUAAAUUAGCAUUUAUCUGCAAAGUCCCGACAGAUAUUUAAUCCACUCCGUGUCUCCCAACCCUCCCCCUUCCUUUGCAGUUUAAAGUGCCAUUCUUAUUUCCCCUCCAUCCCUCCAUCCUCACCCCAUCUCUCCCUUUCUGUCCACAGCAGUUGUCCAUGCACUAUCAGCUGCAGGAAUGCUGAAUGCACACUUUACACAUUUUGCCCAAAGAUUUGCAUAUUUGCAAGUUAACUGCUGUGAAUGUAGUAGAUGUAGUGGAAAGAGCCGAGAGGCAGAGACGCAGAAAAGGAGUGAUGGAUGGAAGGUGGAAGGAGAGGGACUGUUUUUCUUACACCGCCGUCCCAUUAAAUCUUAAUUACCGAUACGCUCCGACUCUUCACGCUUCAUAACAUUCUCAGUCUCUUGUCUGCUGUCAGCUGGAGCCAAACUCAUUGUUCACAAAUGUAAAAUAAUGCUUUCAUGGUCUUCUAGGGCGCCUGGUAUAGCGGCGCCAGCAGCUUAAGCAGGAGUGAAGUAGCUUUAGUUUAAGUUUAGCUUCUUAGCACACUGCAGAUAGCACUGUCAAGUCGAACUUCAAAGUCAAAGGUGGGCUUGAGUCUUUGGAAAUGUUGUGGUAUCCAAUGUUAUGUGGCCAACUUUGGAUGAGUUUAUCAUUCCCGCACAUCAACUGGAUGGAGGUGAGAGGAAAUCCAGGGAAUUUACUGAAGGUGCUUUCACAGUGGGAGCUUAGUCUGAAGCUGGGAUCAUCUCACCCAAAAAAAUUGGGAAUGUGCAUAUUUUUUUCUGCCACAGGUGCAGAUCAAAAACAACAUCUGAAAUCUCUGUCUGAAUUCUGAAAUCCGCCUUUACUCUGGUACAGUUUAUGUGCAGUCAGAAAGCUUUUCAGAUCCCAAAGGAAAAACCUGUGUAUGUCCAGCUACGUACAGAGUCUUAUGUUUGUCACAAAUGACAAUUCAUUGUUUCUGCGUGACCGAUGUGGACUUGCAGAAGUGGACAUGUAGUACUAUUCAUACUAUAAUCGAUCUGCUUCUGUCUACUACAUAAAAUGGUUGCAUUUCCCUUAUAUCGAACACAGAAAAACGUGAAAGUUUUUGAAAGACUGUAACUUUGCACUUUUUACAGGAUAAAGCAGCUAGUUACAGAUUAGGCUGCAGCACUGAAGUGUGCCGAUCACAAUGGGAAGACAUAGGAUGGGAUUUCUGGAGAACUUCUCAUUGUGUUUGGGCACUAUUGAUGGACUUUUAUAGCUCAAAGAAUCUUGUAAGUGUGGCAGCAGAUACUUCAAUCAUAACCCUUUCAAGGAUGAAUCAUAACAUGCAGACAGUCCACAGUGUCACAAACUUUGGGCAUGUGGAUGUACACGUAAGCAACCUUCGCAAACUUGGGAGCAUGACGAAAUUUGUGUUAUCUUUGCAGACCCAUGCGCAUGGCCUUUAUGUAAACAUAUUACAGGUCAGGGCAUCCUUGCAUGAAAUUCGACAAACUUGUGACCCAUAAAUCAACAUUUUUUAAUUUGAUUGACCAUCAUUUGUGAAAUGGAAAGCUUCAAUCUGCAGGUAUUGCUUGGCACAAGAAUCAGUUAACAAUUGCAAAAGCAGACCAGUGGGCAGCCAAAUUCAGGUUCAGACUCAAACCAACAAACCCAGUGUGAAAACUGCCUUUAGACAUCCUUUGUGACCACGGGGAGCAUUUUAGACAUCGUCCUCUGAGGGACCAGGCUUCAGUUUCCACACUUUCCCACCACAUCAUCCUGAAGAAGGAUUGUCACUUCUGGCAGCUUUUGUAAAUAGCGUGAGAUCUUACAUACAGACAGCUCUGUGUGAAAUUAACCGUACGUGGCGACAGCACCGUCUCAAACAUUUCAGCAUUUCUAUAGGUCUGCUUUAGUUCUUGCAAACAUUGCACUACAUGAUCAUACUUAGCUAUUGCACUCUUCAUGUGCACGCACUGCUAGCAUAGUCUGUUGGAGCACUCUGUCAAAUAUCCACUUAACAUUUGUUACACGACCAGGAUGCACUUUGCCACCAAGAACCAUUUUACAGGUCCGUUCUUAACCCUCCAGUGAAAUGCCUUUUUCAUCACUGUUACUCUGGGGGUUGUACUCCGUAAACAGUCAUGCUGUGACUUGGUUGAACUUUCUUGGUAUCAGUGGCAUCCCGGAGUGACUCUGUCUGUAACUACUGUGUUUGUCCAUGCUUGAUGUGUCAGUAUAUAAGAGAUUCACAGAUCUUUACCCUUCUCCUUGUGUCUGUAUGUUUCACUUCACCCUCACCAAACCUACUCCACCAAAUCCACAACUGUCAGAGCCCUGUGGGGCCCAGCAUGCUCAUAGUCUUCAGAUAUCCAGCUGUUCUGAGGUAUAUUCUCAAGAGCUAUGCAGCUUGGGAGCUCCAAGCAGUUCUUUGGUGAGACUGCAAUAACUUUUCCACCUUUGCCAGCUAAAUGUCCUCGGUCGGUACAGUUUGUUUAACUUCAGCUGAUCCAUCCUUGUAGGUGCUUUAUCCUCUCUGUCAGUCGAUCCCUGAUGCUUUCCUGUGAUGUUCAUUUAGUUAACGGACUACUUUUUGGUGUCUGGCCUGUUCUAUCUCUCAGUAUGUGGGGAAAAAGAAGGAUUGGUACCAAAAGUUUCUGAUUGUCUUUGCUAUAUUCUUCUGUGAAAUUUUAGCUGGACAAUUUUAGAUGGCCAAAUCCAGUUCAACCUAUCACAAAAUGCUGAUUAGCUUCUCUAAAGUCAAAUGCAACUAUUAAGACUAUUAUUAGUUUUUCUUAAUCAUAAAGUCUUGCUGAGGGUGUCUCAAAAAAAUUCAGUACUGUCGAAGCCAAAGAAUCUGCCAACAUUUCAGGCCUCUGACUUUCAUGAGUGGCCAGUGGUGUACAGGAUUCUUAGUUUCUUCAUGAACUGUUCCUUACAUUUCAAAUUAAUUGUUCAUUAAUACUUUUAUUCAUACUUUUGGCCAUUGUUUCUAUAAAUCAUGUCUCUUAAAAAUCCUGUUACUAUAAAUAAAUUGGAACAGGACACACAACUAUAGAAACAACCAGGUCCUGUAGACAUGUCAUGUCUAGAAGACUUGGUUGUUUUUAUUGGUUCGGACAACAUGUUGCUACUCACCAGAUCAAGGUACCAGACCACAUGAAAUAUUUCCUUCAGUUCAAGUGCCAAGCAAAAGUUUGAGGCAAUUUCUGUUAAAUCUGAGGUUGUAGAAAUGAGCAUGAUGCUCAUAUUACUUGUCCAAGUGGGUUGUUGUUAAAGCUUUAUUAAGCAGAAAACUUGGUGAGUAUCUUACUGUGGUAUUAUUAUACCUAACAGGAACAAUGGGCAAAAUAAGACAGAUGAUGAAAAGAAAAAUGAUAUUUACCUUUGAAUUAAUGCCCAUUAGAGUCCAGACUAACAGAAUUGAAUUUGGUGUCAAUCCUUUUGCCACAUCUUCAGCAGGCAAUCCAAUAUCAUCAUCAACUGCAAGUGGUAUUUUAGCACCUUUUGUAUGAUCCAAUGUGUGUACACAGUCGACUCAAACAACAGCUGUCGAGACCACAACUAAACAUGUUCUUGGACAAAGGGACAUGUAGGAAAGUGAAAAAGACAAACAGAUGUGUUUUUUACCAUCACAGCAUCCCUCACCAUCAGCCGUCCUACAGGGGCUCUGUAACUCCGUUCAUAUCAACCUUGGAUCCAUAACCCGUCACUCCACCCCACCCUCCUCUCUUCUGUCACUGUCACCUCUGUUGAGUUUGUUUUAUUUCAGUUCCCUUGUUUUACUUACAAUUUUUUGCUGUACAAAGUGUUUAAAAUAUUAUUUGUAUUAUAUGAUGUUAGUAUGGUAAUGUUCUUUAUUAAGGAAGAAGAAAAUUUAUUUUUGUUACUGGUCUGUUUCAUAAUUCUUUUCUAAAUUGGUAUUGUAAGAUAUCUAUGCAAGAACUGUUAAGUGGAGCAUUUUUAUUUAAGAAUGUAAUAUGUGUAAUAAAUGGUAGAAUCUG